CAAUCAAGGCGUCUUUCGGGUCGGGACGGCCGCUCUGGCUGCUGUCGCCGCCUUAGUGUUUCUGCGGGGGACCCGGUGGGCGACCGAUCUGGGCGGAGAUCGACUCGGGGAUCCCCGAAGGGAAGCGCAGGGAGGCACCCCGGGAUGAUUCUCCGCCUUCGGAGCUACUCCAGCCGCCGCCUCCGGGGGUUGGACUAGAAGACCUCCAAGGUCCCUUCCAGCUCUGUUCUGGUUUUAGGAGGAACUGCAAGCAGGAAAAUCUGGCUCUUGGUAUAGUUUGCCCAGAGGGAGGAUCAGUCCCUGGGGUCUUUUUCUCCAAAGCUGAAGAAAUGUCGGUCGUGGAGCAACAGAACUUAGCAGGCUGUCAAGUAGGAUAUCUCGACACCAUCCAGGUUGGAAGCAGCAGGGAAUUCUCAGGAAGUGGAGUUCAGAAGUGCACAGGUAGGAUCGGCGCAGAGUUACAGCAAGGCUUCCCAGAGCGCUUCCUUCAACGUUUCUGCAACCAGAUCGGCGCUCUGGAUCUUCAGGAACAGAACCUGGAGCAACGCACAAAGAAACCCAUACAAGACGUAGUGAUCCCGGAGCCGCCUCUACCAGGCUUUCCAUCGCAGGUGCAGAGUUGGAUAAGUGAACGUGGCCGGGAGAUCAGUGAAACAUUUCAUCCUAAGCAUGCAAUACAGGAUGGAGUUACCAACCCGGAGUUUUGUGGAACACACAGAGAUUCAACCGAUGACAGGCUGAGGUUCUUGCAGGAAGAAGAAGGAGCCACUGUUUCACUAAGAAAUGGAGUGAUUUGGGAAAAACAAUUGCAGCCUGAGAUUGAAGAUGGAGGGAAAAUGGAUGCUGUGCGUUGGGAUCAGAGGCUCUUCACCUUGGAGGACGUGGCCGUGCAUUUCACGGAGCACGAGUGGGCGCUGCUGGAGCCUGACCAGAAGGCACUGCACAGAGAAGUCAUGGAGGAGAUCAACGGGAUCGUGGCUUCUCUUGGUGACGAGUGGAGAAUCAUGGAUAGAAGCAAACCAAGUACAAGCCAAAGAUUUCGCCUAGAAGGGAAACCGUACAAGUGCUCGGAGUGUGGAAAGGCCUUCAUGAUGAAGACGAAUCUUACCACGCACAAAACAACCCACAUAGCUGACCACCUGCAUAAAUGCCUGGAGUGCGGAAAGCGUUUCACCCAAAGCGCACAAUUGAGCAGGCAUCAAAACACUCACACGGGGGAAAAACCGUACAAAUGCUCGGAAUGUGGGAAAAGCUUCAUUUGGAAGACAAAUUUAGAGAGACACCAGAGGACUCACACAGGGGAAAAGCCCUUUAAAUGCUUGGAGUGCGGGAAAAGGUUUGUCGAGAGUUCGGCCCUGAUGACGCACCAGAUGAUCCAUAUGGAGGAGAAACCGUACAAAUGUUUGGAAUGCAGGAAGUGCUUCACAUCGAAUACGCACCUGCGCGUGCAUCAGCGAACGCACACAGGGGAGAAACCGUACACGUGUUUAGAGUGCGGAAAGACCUUCAGCGAGAGCAGUAAUCUCGCUUCCCAUCGCAGGACGCAUAGCGGAGAGAAACCCUUCAAAUGUUUGGAAUGCGGAAAGUGUUUCAGUUCAGAAAGACACCUCAGGAUCCAUCAAAGAACCCAUACAGGCGAGAAACCCUAUAAAUGUUCAAAAUGCGGGAAGCGUUUCUGCGUGAGCAGUAACCUCGCCUCCCACCAGAGAAUUCACACUGGCGAGAAACCCCACCGAUGUGCGGAGUGCGGCAAAUGUUUUACUCGCCAUUCUGAUCUUAUCAAACACCAAAAAAUUCACACGGGGGAGAAGCCGCAUGAAUGCCCUGUGUGUGAAAAACGUUUCGCUUGCCGUUCGGAUCUCCUGAAGCAUAAAAAAAUUCACACCGGCGAGAAGCCUCAUAAGUGCUCUGAAUGCGGCAUAGGCUUUGCUCGCAGCUCGGACCUGAUCAAGCAUAAAAAAAUCCACACGGGAGAGAAACCCCAUAAGUGUUUGGAAUGCGGGAAGGGCUUCAUCACGAGGACCAAACUGAGCCUGCACAAACGAAGCCACACGGGAGAGAGGCCGUUUCCAUGCCUGGAGUGCGGCAAGUGUUUUAUUCAAGUAGCCCAACUGAACCGCCAUCAAAAAACUCACACCGGAGAGAGGCCGUACAGAUGUUUGGAAUGCGGCCAAAGCUUCACGCAGAGUUCUUCUCUUACUACGCAUCAGAUCAUGCAUACGGGGGAGAAACCGUACAAAUGCUCAGCGUGUGAAAAGUGCUUCGUUUCGAGCACCCACUUACGGAGGCACGAAAGGACACACACGGGAGAAAGGCCGCAUCAGUGCUCGGAUUGCGGAAAGUGCUACAGCGAGCGGGCUGAACUAAGCCGACAUCAGAGGUCACACAGCGGGAAGAAGCCGUAUCAAUGUCUGGAAUGCGAGAAAAGCUUCACGCAGAGUUCUUCUUUGAUUACCCAUCAGAUCAUUCACACAGGAGAGAAACCCUAUAAGUGUCUGGAGUGCACAAAGUGUUUCAGUUCGAACACACACUUGCGCAGACACCAACGAACCCAUACGGGGGAGAGGCCCUACAAGUGCGCAGAAUGUGGAAAGUGCUUCACUUCCAACGCGCACCUCUGUCGCCAUGAGCGAACCCACACCAGGGAGAGACCGUUCAAAUGCCCGAAAUGCGGGAAGAGUUUCAACGUGAGCAGCAACCUCACUUCUCACCAGAGGAUUCACACCGGCGAGAGGCGCUACAAAUGCGCAGAGUGCGGGAAGUGCUUCCUUCGCAGCUCUCACCUGAUCAUACACGAGAGGAUUCACCGGGGAGAGAAGCCCUAUAAAUGCUCGGAGUGCGGGAAGUGCUUCAUCACGAAGAUCAACCUGACCACCCAUGAAAAGAAUCACACAGGGGAGAAAUUGUACAAAUGCCUGGAGUGCGGGAAGUGUUUCAAUUGGAACGCGCACCUCAGUACCCACCGGAGAACCCACACGGGGGAGAGGCCUUACACGUGCUCGGUGUGCGGGAAAAGUUUCAGCGUGAGCAGCUCCCUCGUGACCCAUCAGAGAAUUCACACCGGAGAGAAGCCGUACAAGUGUUUGGCAUGUGGCAAGUGCUUCAGUUCAAAUACACACCUUCGCAGGCAUGAAAGAACACACAUCAAAGAGAGGCCCGGUGCAUGCUGAUAACCAGGGUCAGAAAAUAAAGGAUAAUGUUCAGGAAUCACGAAUUCCUUACCAGGGUUAUUGAAAACGCUCGACUCUCCGAUUGCUGUUUGAAAACUGCAUGUGGCGGUACUGCAUAAAAAAGAUCAAGCCUCUUUCAAUUUAAGCUCAAAGCUAUGGAUUUCCCUGUAGUAAGGUGUGGCUGUGAGAGCUGGACCGUAAGGAAGACUUAGUGCCGAACAAUUGACGCUUUGAAAUUGUGGCAUCGGAGAAGACCCUUGGACUGCAAGGCGAUCAAAUCGGUCCUGAAGGAAUUCAACCCCGACUGAUCUUUGGAAGGACAGAUACUGAAGCCGAAGCACAAAUACUUUGGCCACUAAAUUUUGGUCGCCACGAUGUAAAAAAGAUGUUGAGACUCUAGAAAGAGUGCAGAGAAGAGCAACGAAGAUGAUUAGGGGACUGGAGGUUAAAACAUAUGAAGAAUGGUUGCAGGAACUGGGUAUGUCUAGUUUAAUAAAAAGAAGGACUAGGGGAGACAUGAUAGCUGUGUUCCAAUAUCUCAGGGGUUGCCACAAAGAAGAGGGAGUCGGGCUGUUCUCCAAAGCACCUGAGGGUAGAACAAGAAGCAAUGGGUGGAAACUGAUCAAGGAAAGAAGCAACUUAGAACUAAGGAGAAAUUUCCUGACAGUUAGAACAAUUAAUAAGUGGAACGACUUGCCUGCAGAAGUUGUGAAUGCUCCAACACUGGAAAUUUUUAAGAAAAUGUUGGAUAACCAUCUGACUGAGAUGGUGUAGGGUUUCCUGCCUGGGCAGGGGGUUGGACUAGAAGGCCUCCAAGGUCCCUUCCAACUCUGUUGUUAUAUUAUAUUAUAUUAAAUGAGAAGAGAGGACUUAUAAAUGAGAAGAGAAAAGAGCGGGAAAGUGACGUUAGGAAAGACUGAAGGCCAGAGGACAGCAGAAGAUGAGAUAGUUUGAUAGUGUCAUGAGGAAAGAAAUCGAACAGAGAGCUCAGUGCUAUAAUGUUUUGGCAGAUUAUGGAACGAUGAUACAAUAUCUUUGUUUUAGGCCUUUGACAAUGAACCACACAAUAUUCUGAUCAGCAAGCACGUUCAGAGUUUCCUGAAUAACAGACACAGUAAUAACAGGCACAGACUUCAUGAGAUAGUCCCAAAGGUGCCGUUUUUCAAGUUGCAACUGGACUUUCUGGUUUUUCUUUGAAGAUGUUUCGCUUCUCAUCCAAGAAGCUUCUUCGGCUUUGACUGGAUGGCGCGGAAUGGAAGGAUUUAUACUCCUUGCAGACAAGCUGGUCACUUGCAUUCUUUUAACAAGUUUUUGAGGCCACUGGAGGUUUACCUGUGUCCUCAGGGUCACCUGAGUGGUACAAAUGGGUGUGGAGACUUCUUGGAACUGCUGAAAGGACUGUGUUGUAGACUGGAGAUGGAUGAUGUCGUAUCCCUUCCCCCGCCCCCCUGUGUUGAGAGAGGGCUGUUCAAUUUGGACAUAGAUGGCAUCUUCGACCCCUUUCAAACCAGCGAUCCUCUCUGUCCGAAAUGUAUACUUCAUAAGACAGGUUGAAAAUGAUCAUGUAUCUAUCAUGUUAAUCAACCGUCAAGGGAGGCAUCUUUCAUAGUCAUUAUAUUAGUGAAACAUUUGAUGUGACUGCGAAACAGAAAAUUCUAACUGUAGACUAUCAAUAGAAUGGUUUAUAAACUGAACAGCAUACUAGUUCUACUGUUGUGCAUUAUGUCCCCUCCUGCAGAAAAGACUCCGAAGCAA